AUUAAAAAAACAAGAAAAAAUUGACGUGUCAGAUGCAAAUUGCAACUGUAAUAAAUAUAUAGAGCAGCUGCAUGGAGUUUUUAAAGAGCGGUAUUAAGACCGUGCUCGGCAGCACCGAGCCAGGCCAACAGCCAAGCGCAGCGGAAACAGUGGAAAAGCUGGUGGAGCGAGUUUACAGUUCAACGUUGCUGGAGGAUAGGCGCGAUGCUUGCCGUGCACUAAAGGCGCUCUCACGCAAAUAUCGCAUUGAAGUGGGUGCACAGGGUAUGCCACCGUUGGUGCAAGUGCUACAGAACGAUGGACAGGAUGCGGAGAUUAUAAGCUAUGCGCUGGAUACGCUAUGCAACAUAGUAACCAGCGAGGAGUUCGAUGAGGAGGCAGACAACCCAGCGGUGUCUGUUAAUGUGGGUGAACAAUUUACAGAAAUGUUUAUUAAAUGCCCGGAGCAUGUGAGUCUGAUCAUGGGUUAUCUGGAUGAAUACGAUUUUCGCGUGCGACGCGCAUCCAUACAACUGCUUACAUCCUUGAUAGCCAACAAGACACGCGAGCUGCAGGAGCUGGUGCUGGUUAGUCCCAUGGGCGUGUCCAAGCUAAUGGAUCUGCUAAGCGAUUCGCGUGAGGUCAUACGCAAUGAUGUUUUGUUAUUGCUAGUAGAGUUGACUAAAAGCAACAGCAAUAUACAAAAGAUUGUGGCAUUUGAGAAUGCUUUUGAUAGACUCUUUGAUAUUGUCCAAGAGGAGGGCAACAGCGAUGGCGGCAUUGUGGUAGAAGAUUGUUUAAUAUUAUUGUUAAAUUUGUUGAAAAACAAUACAAGUAAUACACAAUUUUUCAAGGAAGGCAGCUACAUAAACCGCUUGGCGCCCAUGUUUAAACUGAAUGAAGAUGCACAAUGGACGCCACAAAAGGUAUCCAACCUACACUGCCUGCUGCAAGUGGUGCGUGCUCUCGUUACACCCAGCAAUCCACAACAGUUGGUGGCUGCCUGCCAACGUGCCAUGCAUCAAACGCAGCUGCUGCAAGCGCUUUGUGAGCUGUUGAUGAGCAGCGGCGUGCCCGCGGACAUCUUGACGGAGACCAUUAAUGCUGUGGCCGAAGUGGUGCGUGGUGAGCAUGAGAAUCAGCUGGCGCUAAGUCAAGUCCUGGCGCCCAGCCAGCCACCUAGACCCGCCAUAGUAGUACUGUUGAUGUCCAUGAUUAAUGAGAAGCAGCUGCUAGGUCUGCGACUGGCCGUGCUCUACUGCUUUGCAUGCUAUCUGUAUCGCAAUGCGGACGCACAGCGUCAAGUCGUGCAAACACUGCUGCCCAGUAACGCCAGUGAAGCCAGCAGCGCUUUAUCCACCGGACAACUGCUCUGCACCGGUCUCUUCUCCAGCGAUGCCCUGGCCAACUGGUGUUCAUCUGUUGCACUCAUGCAUACGUUAGUAGAGCAAGUGCCGCUCAAGGAGGAGCUGCUGCGUGUGCUGCUCGCUACCGCCGAUGGUCAGCGUCCCAUCACCUUGCUGGCGCAAUGUUGUAAGCUCCUGCAGCAGGAUCAACAGCGUCUGCAAAGCAAAUUAGGCUUAUUACAACUGCUGAGCGUCUGGCUAGCGCAUUGCCCCGGCGCUGUCAAGGCUUUGUUGGAAACCCACGGCACCAUGGCCUAUCUAACUGCCCAGCUUUGCGCCAAUGAGCAUGAUGAGCGUGAAUACUUGCUGCAAGGCAUGUGCGCCUUUCUCAUGGGUCUCUGCAUACAAUUCAAUGACAACAGCUUGGCCACGCAGCGUCGCGAAGACAUUGUCCAGCUGGUAAUCAAACGGAUUGGUCAGGAAACCUUCUGUCGAAAGCUGCAGGAAGUCUCGCGACAUGAAGCCUAUAGUCGUGCCUGCAAACAGGCGCAGCUGCGUGUCAAGGGCGCCGCCGAUUUGCUGCUGGACUUUGAGUAUUGUAAACUCUAUAAGGGCUUGGAGGCUUUGGUAGCCAAGCUCGUGAGCGGCUUUGAUGUGGACGGCAUUGAGUUGACCGAGCUUACCUUAAGCUCUGAGGCUUCUGCUUUGGUUGCACAAUACAAGGGUAUCAUACGUGGAUUGGAUACGCAAAUUCAAACGCUGCAGCAACAUAGUCAGGAGUUGGAGCAAAAGUCAACUUCACUGCAGCAGCAGCUGGAGCAGGAGCAAUUGCUCAAGUCACAGUUAGCGGAUCAGCAUACGCUGCUCAAAGCGCAGCUGGGAGCUACACAAAGUAAUGGCGUGGAUGCCACCACCGCUGCUGCCGCCGCCUCCUCUUCCGCGAAUGAUGAGCAACUCAAUGCGGCUCGUUUUCAAGCCAACAUGUACUUUGCUGAAAAUAUACGCUUGACCAAGGAAUUGGAUACAAUGCGUCAACAGUUGCAGCUCGAAAAGCAACGCGCUGAUGAUGCCCAAGCCUCGCUUACAACAUUGCAAAAGGAUCAGGAGGAUUUGCUGGAACUAUUAGCUGAUCAGGAGGCCAAACUGGCCAAGUGCGAAGUUGCUACUACCGCUGGAGCUGCACCUCCGAACAUUUCUUCCAGCUAAACUUCUCUUCUCUACACUGCCUCCCUCACAAUUGUUGCUUCCCUUAACAUUAAACCCCAUUGCUAAAACAUUCUAUUUGUUUUUAUCCUUUUACAUACAAUAUACUAUUUAUAGACACUUAUGCUUAUAUGUAUGUG